CAGCUGCGCAACAGGGCGCAUCACUCCAUCAGUCGCGCGACCCACAAAGAACUGAGGCGGCGCAAGGCAGCCGCUAGACCAACCUUGUAUACAGUACAGAGCCCAUAGAAUGCCUUACUAGUGGUAUCCGGUUUGUCAGGGUGAAGCAGAAUGUCAUCGGGCGAAUCCCCGCCUCCGCAGAAAGCCACAUCGCCGUUCAGUUUGUUCAGGCCUGCAUCAUGGACGAAAGGCAGUGGCAAGAAGGUCAAGCAGGCCAAGCUGGGAGAGGAGAACAACAUGUACUACCACCCGGAGCUGAAGCGCUGGGUUGAGCGGGGUAAGGAGGAUGAGGCCGCCGCGGAGGCAGCGGGCCCGCCUCCGCCGCCCGUUGCGCCUUCUGGGGCCAGUAUGAGCUCUACUCCUCUCACCAAGCGCUCCAUCUCCCAGCGCUACGUCCUGCAAUCCAACCUGUCCGUGUCAUCUUCCAUGAAUUCGUUGGCGGGCUCGCUCUCCCAGACCGACCUGGCGGGCAUGGCCGGAGCCGGUGCAGACGGAACCAGCUUCUCUCGCAGCCCCAGUGGCUUCAACAGCACUGCGCCCUCACCGCCCAUCUCCAGUAGCAGCCUGCCGCCGGGCUUGUUCGUGCCCGCGCCGCCGACGCGCUCGCCGUCGACGCCCAGUGGCUUUUUCAUUCCUUCUCCGCAGCCAGAGUCGCCUGCGGAGGCAACGGAGGCUGGUGCGCAGGAGCAGCAGCAGGAGGGCCAGGGCGGGUACGGCGGCGCUUCGGAGCGUCAGGGCAAGGAGGCGGAGGAGCGCGCCGGCACGGCGGGCAGUGGCAAGGGGCAGGUGCGGCUGCGCGCCUCCGCCAACGGUGGCAGCGCGCACGGUGUAAAGCCCAACGGUGGCCCGCACGAUGCCGAGGAGCCAGUGGCGAAUGGCGUGGCGAAUGGCGAAGCGGACGACGCUGACGCCGCCGCCGCCGCCGCCGGACGCACGGAUUCGGCUAUGAGCACUAGCGCGGAGGUCUCCCUCGGCGCGGGCCUGGCAUCGUCGUUGGUGUUACGCGCAGCCAGUGGCGAGUCCGCCUCAAUCCAGGGCAGUGCCCAGGUCGGCGAGCGGUCCUUUGGCAACUCGCUCUCCUUCUCUGACGCUCUGCGCGUGGACAGCCAGCAGCUGGAUUCCCCCAAUGGCGUUGUGGGUCCGCGGCCGCUGCCGGAGCCCGAAGCUGAAGCUGACGGCGGCCUGCCCGUACCGCACGGCUUCGAGCCGGGCCUGCGUUCUGUGGAGCACGGCCACUCGGACGGCGGCGCGGCGGUGUCGUUGUACAACGGCAUUGCGCCCGGGGCCGAGGGCGAGGCGGAAGCGGAUGGCCAAGCGCUGCCGGCGCUUCAAUCGCUAGACGAAGCACAGUCCGCCGAGCACGAGGCGGGGGCGGCGGCUGAGGCGGAACAGCAGCUGCAAACGGACGGCGGCAGCAGCGGCGGCGCGGUGGCGAUGGCGGUGGACGGGUAUGCCAUCCAGGAGGCCGCUGCCGCCACCUCCACCGAUCCUGCUGACGCCGCGUCCGCGGCGCCUGCCUCUGCCUCUGCCGGCGAUGCCGCCUCUCAGUACUACUACCAGCAGUACGCCUACCUGUACCAGUACGCGCUGAGUCAGGGGUACGCCGAGGCGGAUGCAGUGACGUACGCGCAGUACUAUGCGACGCAGUACGCGCAGCAGUACACGCAGCAGGCGCCGGCGGGGCAGCUGGGCGAGGGCGAGGGCCAGCAAGAGCAGCAGGAGCAGCAACAGGAGGUGGCCAUUGGGCUGCAGGUGGUGAGCGGCGGCGAUGCGGAGGGCGGUGAGGGGCAGGAGGCAGCUGCGGACGGGUCCGGCUGGGAGGUGGAGCUUCCUGAGCUUGCCGUGGAGUCCGCAAUGGCCGUCGAGGAGCCCGAGCCCGAGGCGCCGCAACAGCAGGAUCAGAAGCAGGAAGAGCAAGUGCAGCAGGUGGCUAUGGAGGUGGAGCAGGCUUACGCGCCUGAGACGGUUGCCACGGCUGUGGCGCCGGGCCAGCAGCAGCAGGAGGAGCAGGACGAGCAGCCGAUGGUGUUUACCCCCGCGCCGCUGCCUGAGGACCUGACCGCUGCCGCCUGCGCCGCGGCGCAGCACCACCAGUCGGCGGUCACUGCCGCCGUUGCCGCUGCCGCCGCCGCCGCGACUGCCGCUGCCGCAAGUCAGCCCGCGCAGUCGGAGGCGGCCCAGCGCGGCGCGCCUGCUUCCGCCACAGUAAGCGCACCUCACGUUGCGGCGGCGUCAGCUGGCGUUUCCACGGCGCCGCAGGUGCAGCUGCUGGGUCGGCUGGGCAAGCUUGCCUCCUCCGCCGUCACCUCGCUCGGCGCCUCCGCGGCCGCGGCCGCCGCGGCGGUGGCUGCCCCCAGCGCCCCAUCUUCGGCGCUGUCGCUCUCUGCCCUAGGCCUGGUGGGAUCUUUUUGCGAGCUGAGCUCUGACGACUUCGACUGCAUCAUGCACCCCGGGGACCCCGCCAAGCUGGACGGCCCGCUGCCGUGGGAGCUGCCCGAGCACCUGCGCCACGGCGCCACCGGCCGCAAGCUGCUGGCGCUGUGCUCCAACUGGCAGCGCGAGAACCCGGGCAAGCACUACACGCCGGCGCUGCUGCAGCAGCUGCUAGAGGCGCAGGAGGAGGACACCGCGACGGCGCCUGCCGAGGGUACGGAGGUGGAGACGGCUGGUGCGGCGGCUGAGGGCGGCGCAGCGGAGGCCAUGCAGGUGACGGAUGCGGUUGAGCCGCCCGUUGCCCAGCCGGCUGAACCCGCAGCCGCUGAGCCUGAGGCCGGCGAUGGCCUGUCCUCCUACGAGCGCGCGUGCCGACUCUCACAGUUUGGCCUGCCGGCGACGGAGCUGCUGCAGCCACACAAGCCGGUCACGCCCACGGCUGGAGCAUUCGAGCCUGUACCUGCGACUCAGUCCACGCCAGCGGCUGCACCGGUCCAGGAGAAGGCCGUGGCUGUGGCCGCGGCCGCUGCGUCGGCAGCCCCCGAGGUGCAGGAGCUGGAGUCUGCAGUGGAGGUGGGAGCGCCGGCUGCGGAGCAGCCGGAGCCCGCGGCUCAGCCGCAGCCGCAGCCUGAUGCUUCGACUGUGGCAGAGCAGGAGCAGGAGGCGCGCACUCCGCCUCGGCACCUGCAACUGGAGAACCUGUUGGCCGAGGCCCACCACCACCAUCACCACUACGCGCAGACACCUGGCGGCACCGAGCUCGCCACUCCCAGCACCGCUCGCUCCGACGACCCCUUCUCCGGCACCGAGCACCUGCCGCGCUCCUACUACACGCAGCGCCAGCAGCACCACGAGCAGCAGCAGCAGCAGCAGCAGGACGAGCAGGAAGAGUUGGUAGCAGGAUCCAGCGUGGAGGCAUCGCCGCACCGCGUGUACGCGGGCGCAGCGGCGCUGGGCCUAGAGGAGAUGAGCGAGGAGGAGAGGGAGGUGGAGGAGGUCGCCUCGCCUCGCGCGGUGCCCGUGCAGCUGGCGGCGCUUGGCGAGGAGGAGGCUGCGGACUUCUUUGCUCACCUGGGAGAGGAGCCGGCGGCUGAAGUGCAGCCGGAGCUUUCAACCGCUGCUGCUGUGGAGGCGGAGGCUGCGGAGGAGCCCGCUGCUGCUGCUGCCUCUACGCCGGCUUAUGUAGUGGAGGAGCCAGAGUACGUUGUUGAGGAGCCGGCGGCUGACGUUAUUGAGGAGCCGGCGGUGGAGGCCGCUGAGCCCGUGGCACCCGCCGCCGCUGCGGCCGCCGCCGCCGCCAUUGAUUCGGUGGUGGCGGCGCUGGAGCAGCUGCGCAGCAGUGCUGCUGCCACCGCCGACGGCGAGGGCGAGUCGGCUGAGGGGCGCACCGCGUUGCUGCAGCAGAUCCACGCCUCGCUGGCCAGCGCCACCGCGGCGCUGGCAGGCAUGGGCGUCGACAUCAGCGCGCUAGCGGCCCUCGCCGGCGCUGCCGUCAACGCCAACGGCGGGCUCAUCAACGCCGCGACCCCUGACUUCACCCCCGGCCCGGGGCACAAGCGUCAGCGCAAGGAGGCAAGCCCCUCCACUCCCACGCGCCCCGCCGUUGCCAGUGCGACUGCCGGCGUCAACGGCGUUACGGACGCGGUGGAUACGCCACUGCUUGCGCCGGGCCCUUCGCUGGGACUGGAUGGGAGCGGCGUGCCUGCUGCCGCCGUCGAGCGCUUCCAGCAACUCGGCCGCGCGCUGUCCGACGCGUCCGCCGAGCCUACUGGCCAGCCGUUGCAGCUGCAGCUGCUUUUGCAGCAGCCGCAGCAGCCGGCUGUGAUUGUGUCGCUGAAUGUGGUAGCGGCGCCCGAGGUGGAUGUGUCGGCAUUGGAGGCGCGUGUGCGGGGCGAGGAGCGGCAGGCCUGGGAGUCCCAGCUGGCGGCGGUGGUGGACUCGGAGCGGGACGGGGCGUCGCUGGUGAUUGCGUCGGUGGAGCAGCAGCGCGACGAGCUGCAGUCCCGGCUGGGCGGUGCGGAGGCAGCGCUGGCGGAGGCGGAGGCGGGCCGCAGUGACCUGGUGGCGCAGCUUGAGGCGGAGGCGGCGGCGCGGCGAGGGCUGGAGGAGCGCGUUGCAGGCGCCGAGGCCGCGGCCGAGGAGGCGCGGCGUGCAGCGGCAGAGGCUCGCGCGGAGGCGGAGGCGGCGCGUGCUGCUGCCGCUGUUGCGGAGGCCGAGCGCGACGCCCUGUCGGUUGAACUUGCGGCUGAACGGACGGAGCGCGCAAGCCUGGCAGCGGCGCUGACGGCUGCUCGCGAGGAGAGCUCUUCUCUGCGCUCUCGUUACGAGGCCCGUUUCGCGGCUCUGAGCUCUGAGCUUGAGGCCACUCGCGGCUCGCUGUGUGAUCUGCAGUCGGAACAUGACGAGCUGCUGCUGUGCCUGGGCCAAGAGAGCACCAAGGUGGAGGCGUUGGCGGGCGCGGUGCGGGAGGCGGGCGGCGACCCGGAGCCCAUCAUUGAGGCCAUCGAGGCCGAGUAUGAGACCAUGGGCCUGGGCGGAGGCGGCGGCUCGGGUGCGGAUAGCGAGGCGGCAGACGUCGGCGCUGGGGAGGAGCAGGAGGCAGCUGCCCAGGAGGUUGCGGCUGCUGAGGCAGCUCUGCUGGGCGGCGGCGAGGGCUGGGACUGUGCCGAGCUGGAGCUGGAGGGCGCGGCCGCGCCGGCGGCGGACGGUGUCGCUGCCGCUGAUGCCGCUGAUGCGCCAGUGGCCAUGGAGCCAGAGCUGGUGGAGCUGGUGGAGGAGGUGCAGGGUGAGGCCGCCGCGACUGAGCAGCAGGCGCGCGAGCAGGAGCAGCAGCAGGAGCAGCAGCAGGCGUGGGAGCAGGAGCACCUGCAGGAGCAGCAGCAGGGGCAGCAGCAGGCGUGGGAGCAGGAGCAGCAGCCCGAGGAGCAGCAGCAGGGGCAGCAGCCCGAGGAGCUGUGCUCUGAGCAGCUGCAUGCGUUGUCGCCCCGUCACGCGGUGGACUUGGUGCUGCACGAGCUGGUGUCGGAGGUGGAGGAGGAGCAGCUCAACGCCGCAGCCGCAGCCGCUGUGGCCGAGCUGGCGGUGGCGGUGGCCGAGUCUGUGGAGGCACAGGAUCAGGCACAGCAGGAGGUGGCGGCGCCGGUAGAGGUGGAGGUGGAGGCGGCGGUGUGUGAGGCGGACGCUGACGCGCUGAUGAUGGCGCUGGACGGCGGCGACGGCGGCUGGAAUGCGGAGGACCUUGGGAUUGAGGUGGCCGCGGGAGUGUAGGCUACGUAGUUUGCAGACGGCGUGGAAGCAGGGCCGCACGCGGGAGCUGUGCCGGGCUGCGCGCAGUCGGAGCGGUAGUGUUUGCAAUCAAGAUUUUGUGGCAGGAGGAAUGUCUAUAUAGAGGACGUGGAACACGGCAGCGCGACUCAAGUCCCGUUUUGUAAGUGGCGGCGUAGGUGCUUGCGGCCGCUGGGACAGUAGGGCGCACCAAGGCUGCGUCGCAGGCUUUUCGGACAUCCUAGCACGGGCAAGGUAACGGUAUUGCUAUGCUAGAUGUGCUCACAGCAGCGGCAGGGCAUGUGCAAACACUUUCAUCCACAAGUUUUGACGAGACCGGUGUUUCGAGAUACCGUACGUAGAUUGUGCCUGGGAUGAGUGCAAGAUGCUGGCACAGACCUGCCAGGUGGCUUGUGCGGCUGUAGACUUAGACUGCUUUGGGCGAUGGAGGUGAGUCGGUGACAAUGGCGGGCCGUUGGACGGGCAAAUGGUGUGCCGCCGUGGCGAAGGCGACGCAAACACACGGUGGCAAUGACACAUGCAUACAUGAUUGCAUUGUAAGGACGAUGAGGU